AUGAGCGAGUCACUUAAACCUCGUGUUGGUAUGGUCUUUGACUCCGUUGACCAAGCUUAUGGUUUUUAUGUCAAGUAUGCUCAUGCAAGUGGUUUCUCGGUUAGGAAGAACACUUCAUACAACAACACAAAAGGUGUUCUUAAGUUGAAGCAUUUUACAUGUUCUAAAGAAGGUUUUAAAAUUCCUAAUAAGGGUAAAGGAAAGCGUCGGAAACCAUCUAAGAGAGUUGGAUGUGAGGCUCAUACUAAGUUACAGUUAACUGUUGAUGGGAAGUAUGAUAUGGUAUUUGUUCCUUUCACUGGUAUAGAUAACCACAAUAGGAAUAUAACGCUUGGUGUUGCGCUUCUUGGAUCAGAAACUGCUGAUUCAUAUAGGUGGUUGUUGAGGAUGUAUGUCAAGGCGUUUGGUGUUGCACCUAAAGUAGUUGUUACCGACCAAGAUCUUGCCAUGAAAACAGUUAUUUUAGAUGUUUUACCAGAUAGUUGUCACAGGUUAUGUAUGUGGCACAUAUGGGAGAAAUUGACUCCUAAGCUUGGACCAGUUUUGUGUAACAUUACAGAUUUAAAAAAAAAAACAUUGGCGAAAAUUGUAUGGUCAGAUUCAAUUUCACGUAAUGAAUUCGAGGAGAAGUGGCAUGCAAUACUUUCUGAGUAUGGUUUAAGUAAUCAUGAAUGGUUGGGCAGUCUUUAUAAUAUUAGACAUGAUUGGAUUCCAGCAUAUUAUUUAGAAGAAAAUUUGUCAGGGCUUAUGCGUACGACAUCAAGAUCAGAGAGCGAGAAUCAUUUCUUUAAUCAAUUUUGCAAUCCACAUUUAACUUUGGUUGAGUUUUUUAGCCAUUUUGAAACUACAAUUGAGGCUCAAAGGUACGAGCAUAGAAAAAAUGAUCAUGAAACAAGAUACAGUGAAGCUGAACUUUGGUUCCCUAAUUUUGUACUUGAAGAACAAGCCUCAAAGUUGUUUAUACGGACAAUAUUUUUGGAUCAACAAUUGGAGAUUGAUGAUGCCAUUAACAAUUCACUACUAGAAAACUUGGGAAGCCCUCGUGGUAGUGUUUCGGUUUAUAAGUAUCCAAUGGUGUUGGUAUAUGACUGCGAAACAUUAGAAUAG